AUGAAAUCAAUAAUAACAACAACAACAACAGCAGCAGCAAAAACGAUCGUACCUGAUUUUUCAGAGUUAGAACGAAAUAAUAUUUAUGCUGAAACGCCACCAAAAAUGAAAUCAAUAGCAGUUAAAAAUGAUUCAAAUCAUUAUGUAUCUCUUCGUCAACAACGACGACCACCUGUACCAAUUCGUACAGAUUCAAUACGUAGUAUUGGCAAUACAACAGUUUCAUCAUUUUCAUCUCAAUCGACAACGCCAUCGAAUUCUUUUCGUCAAGAUUCAACAAAUAUUAUGAGUCGAUCAGUUGACGCGACAACAUCAUCAUCAUCAUCAUCAUCUGAGUUACUAACACCAAUGAAAAAUGAAACUAAAUCAAAAUCAACUUAUGAUAUUGAAACAACAAUUUUGAAUAAUCAUAAUAAAUCUCUAAAUGCAAUUACAAAUGGAAAUUUCAUGCUAUUAGAAUCAGUUAAAGAAGAUGAAUGUCUUGAAACUGGUAAUAAUAAUAAUAAUAAUAAUAAUGAAAAAACUUUACAGAAUGAUAAAGAGCAACAACGUAUACUUGCCGAUAUGCUCAAAAAAAAGUAUUGCUCAUCAAUAGCUACAACACCAAUGCUGCCGAGAAAUAAUUCUUUGCAUCAACGUUCAUCAUCGACUGAUCCAACAGAUGAUGACUUAUCAGCAGGAUAUAUCAAUGGAUUCAAUCGGAAUCAUCGUGUUCGUUCCAGUCUUCCAUUUAUAAUCAAACCUGCCGUAAAUAAAUCAAAAUCGAAUUCAAUUGGCCUGAGCUUUUUAAUUUGCGGUAAUGAAACAAAAAAAGUUCUCUUACCAGCAUAUAUUUCAUGUUUGGAUACACUCAAAGCUCUAUUUGUUCGUGCAUUUCCACAACAUUUGACAAUGAAACAAAUGGAUAAGGAUAAUAUUCGAAUUUAUAUACGUGAAUCAGAGAAAGAUAUUUUUUAUCAAUUAGAAGAUAUGAGUGAUGUUAAAGAUCGUUCUGUAUUAAAAAUUGUUCAAUUAAAUAAUAAUAACAAUAAUAAUAAUAAUAAUAAUAAUAAUAAUAAUAAAUUACACGUUUCAUUCAAAGAACCGGAAAAUGAUGAGCUAUCAGGUUCAAUAGUGAAAAAUGAUAUGAGUUAUCAACGUUUAAAUCGUUUUGGUUUGACGCCAUUUACAAAUGGAUCUAUAGAAAAUACAUCGAAUGAUAAUCCACCAUGUUCUCUGAACGAAUUGAAAAACGGAAUUUCAUCCAUAGGUCAAACUCCUCUAUCAACUAGUACAUUAAAAAGUAUAUUAUCAUCAACAAGAAGUGCUCCAACAACACCACGAACCGAUGAAGAUGAUGCUCGUAAUAAAAUGGCACUAAUGGAAAAACAACUUGAAUCGUUAACUGAUCUCGUCAAAGAGUUAACGAAUCCAAUAAAAUCAAGAACCUUGUUAGAUAUGUAUGACAAUUCUUUACAUCAACAAUUAUACGAAUUAAAAGUAAAAACUCAUACACUACGUAACGAUCUACUCUCAAUUCGACGUAUGCAACAAUCAUUACAAGAAAAUUUUAAGAACGAACUAGAACGAGCAAAUAAAAAAAUUCAAGAACAAUUCAAACGACUAAAUCAAAAUGAAAAAACGCGUCAUAUUGAACACGAAUUUGAUUCAUAUGUGAAUAAUCGAAGCAAAAUUGAUCAAGAUCUCGAAGAUUUAGAAUUAAUAGUUGAAGAAUUACAAAAUGAUGUAAAAUGCAAACAAUGUUAUGUAACAAUAAAUGAUGUUGAAAGUUUUGCAUUAGUACUUAGUACAAUAAGUCGUUCAUUAGUUGAUUUAAAAACUUCUUUUCCAAUAUUACGUGAAAAACUUUCUACAUUGGAUGAACCAUCAAUAAUCAAAUUUCUGAAUGAAGAACCAGAACGUCUUGAUUUUACAAUAAAAAAAUGUAAACGUUUAACAACAAUGCUCUAUCAACUCAAACAAUUGGCAAUCAAUCAAGAACAUAAACCAGCAAGAAAAAUCUCCCUAAAUAUAAAUGAAAAUUCAGCUGAUCGAAAACGUUUACUAGAAGAAAUUCAAUCGGUUACAUUAAAUUGUGAAGAAAGAGUUAAAUCUAUUGAAAAAGCAGAAAAAUUACGUGAACGCCGAUUACAUUAUGACUAUCAAUUAGAAAUUCUCAAGCAAACGAAAUCAAAUUCUGAUCAAACGAAUGGACAUUACGAUAAUCGAAGCUUAACGAAUUCUUUAAGUACUCGAACAAGUAUUUGUUCAACCGAUUCUAACAAUUGUUCAUCUACUUCAUCUUCGUAUGUUCUCCGUCAAGCAUCCAUGAAUUCCUCAAAACUAAAUGAUUCUAAAACUCGUUUGCAAUCAUCAAUAAAACCGACAUCAAAAGUGACAUUUUCUCAACAAUUAAUUACAAAUGAAAAAUCUUCAUUCAUCAAUAAAAAAUCUAAACCAAAUCCUCCAGCACGUAUUCAAAGUACACCGUCAUCAUCUAUUGUGUCAAGUACAUCAUCAAGUUCAUCAUCUUCGACAAGCGGAAAUUCACGUUUUUGUGGUAUUAUACCGCUGUUAUCAGUAGAUAGACGCCUGAAUGGGCGUUGCUAUUCGUUUUCAUCCUCAAGUACCGAUACAGAUUCAAUUAUAUCAGACUCUCAUAAGACAACUAAACUUAAUAAUCCAAAAUCUCAUCAAACAACAUUAAUGCGUGCCUCAGUUACUGAUUUGCAAUCAGUCGAUAUACCACCAAUAUUUGGAGUCGAUGAUAAUUUACAACUGCAUCCUCUUGAUAGGACACUUUCAAUCGCAGAUAUUGUGCGCAUUUCUCAAUUGAAGAAAAAAAUCUCGGACACUUCCGAUGAACAGUCGAAUUUCCAAUUAAAUCAAACUGAAACACAGCCUGUUCAAUCAAAUAACUUCUCUCCUGCUAUCGAUUAUCAACAGCAAGAGAAGCAACCACAACAACAACAAUCUUCACCGCAAAACCAAUUAACUAUUCGAAAUUCUUUAUAUUAUUUUCAACCAAAUUUUGAAAUGUUCAAUCAAAUCAUGAAUCAUGAUGCUAUGGUUAUUGGUCGUACUUCUAUGAAUCUAAAUAAUUAUCAACGAUUUAAUAAUAAUCGUACAUCGUUACAUCGACCCCAUCGUGGCAUAGUUGAACACAAUGGAAAACAAUUUAUUACAGAGUUCAAAGAACGAAUUGAACGUCGAUAUGUACAAGUUUUUGAUGAAAGCUUAGGUCAAAUCAGAGUAUUUGAAGUUACAGAUUAUAUUCCAACUAGAGUAAUACGACCGAUGAGAAGUAGAAUUCAAUACCCACUACAAAAAAGAAACAUUUCCAGUCUUCUAUCUACUACUUACCCGUUAAGUCAAGUUUUUACACGUCAACCUAUGACAGGUAAUAAAACAGAAUUAGCAAGAUCAUCAAAUCCUGUGAAUUCUAGAGAACCAAUAAACCGUGAUACUCGUGCUCGUGAAAACGAUCAAUAUAACGGUGGUUCUAGUACACCAUCUGAUAAUAAUAAUAAUAAUUAUUAUGCACUUAAUAAUAAUAAUAAUAAUAAUGAACCGUAUAAUAAUAAUGAUAAUAAUAAUCGCAAUACACGUAUUUCGAAUCGAUCUCAAGCACAAACAAUCAAUAAUAAUGCACGUGAUAAAUAUUAUUCUCCAGCUGAAUAUCCUGACAGUAAAGCAUCAAGUUCUAUAUCAGCAGCCACAAGAAAAGCACCUCCAGAAUAUUCGCCUGGAUCAUAUCGUUCAUCGAUACCAUCACGCCGUUCACAUACUCCAACCCCUUCUAAUGAUAGUAUAAAUUCAUCUGCAAUUAUUUCAAAGAAUUUUAGUAAUUACACAGGCCGUCAAGGCACUGACGAUUUAUCAUUAUCAUACAAUGGAGAUCUGAAAAAUAAUGGAACUAAUACAAUUGCAUCUUCUGAAACAACUGCUGGUUAUAAUUCGCCAACACCGAUUGAUCCAUUUGCAAAGACAGUCAGUACAGGCGAUCAUCAUUACGUAAAACGACCUGGUAUUAAUAACUAUUCACAACCGACUAUGAUUAAUCAAAAUUUUCAAUCUGGUGUUGCAUCGGAUUAUGCACCAAUAGCAACGAGCUAUAAAAAAUCGAGUUAA